GCGAGAGCGGCGCGUGAUGACGCGCGGGCCGGCAGGGCGCGUCCGCGGCGCGGGCGGGCGGGUUUGAAUCUGGUCGGAGCGCGGGAAACGGCGGCCGUCCUGGGCGAGUACCUUCUUUCAUUGACUCCAACACUUUGUGUUCCUGUUCUGAUGGAAUCAGCCUCCUUUUUCUGAGCUGACUCAGACCUGCCUGAGCAUCGUGGUAAGGAAAGGAGAGAAGGGUUACAGAGUAAAUGCCAUAUGAAAAGCAGUUUCAUCUGUCAUGGAAAAGCGAGAGACAUUUGUACAAGCGGUGUCUAAGGAGCUGAUUGGAGAGUUUUUGCAGUUUGUUCAACUUGAUGAGCUGCAUAAGUGGUGUUUUGUCUUCCUCAGUGGAGGCACAUGAUGUCCGUUUGUCCUGUUAUUGCUGAGAAAGAUGCUUCUGACCCUUUCAGCCUAAAUGAAUUACUAGAUGAAUUAUCAAGGAAACAGAAAGAAGAGCUAUGGCAAAGGCUCAAGAAUUUAUUAACGGGUGUAUUGUUAGAAAGCCCUGUGGCUGAGUGGCAGACGUUGGAAGUCCAGGGUGAAGACAUUAUGGAAACAGAGCAUGAAUCAAAAAUGAAAAACAGCAUAGAAAUAAUUCAUGCAAUUACAUGUGUGGUUCUUGCUUCUGUAUCUGUAAUAAAUGAAAGUGAGAACUAUGAAGACUUACUGGAAUGUGCAGUGAUGUUGAAUGGUAUUUUAUAUGCAUUACCUGAAUCUGAAAGAAAGCUGCAGAGUUCCAUUCAGGAUUUGUGUGUCACGUGGUGGGAGAAAGGUCUGCCUGCCAAGGAAGAUAUGGGAAAGACUGCUUUUAUCAUGCUGUUAAGGAAGAGCCUGCAGACUAAAACAGGCACAGACAUAUGUCGGCUUUGGCGUAUUCAUCAGGCUUUAUAUUGCUUUGAUUAUGAUUUAGAGGAAAGUAAAGAAAUUAAAGAUAUGCUACUUGAGUGUUUCAUAAGUGUUAAAUAUAUCAAGAAAGAGGAGGGAAGAAGAUUUCUUAGUUCACUCUUCAUUUGGAAUGUAAAUUUUAUUAAAAUGAUCCACGAGACCAUUAAAAACCAGUUACAGGGGUUACAAAAAUCUUUGAUGGUAUACAUUGCAGAAAUUUAUUUCAGAGCUUGGAAAAAGGCCUCAGGAAAAAUAUUGGAGACCAUUGAAAACAGCUGCAUCCAGGACUUCAUGCACCACGGGAUCCACCUUCCACGCAGGUCUCCUGUGCACUCUAGGGUGCGUGAGGUGCUGAGUUAUUUUCAUCAUCAAAAGAAAGUUCGUCAGGGAGUGGAAGAGAUGCUUUACAGAUUGUAUAAACCCAUCCUUUGGAGAGGACUAAAGGCCCGAAACUCUGUGGUCCGGUCAAAUGCUGCCCUACUGUUCAUUGAAGCAUUUCCUAUUAGAGAUCCAAAUUUCAAUGCUAUUGAAAUGGAUAGUGAAAUUCAGAAACAGUUUGAAGAACUCUAUAGCCUAUUAGAAGAUCCUUAUCCGAUGGUCCGUUCUACUGGGAUCCUUGGUGUUUGUAAAAUAACUUCCAAAUACUGGGAAAUGAUGCCUCCAACCAUUCUUAUUGAUCUCCUCAAGAAAGUAACUGGGGAACUGGCAUUUGACACAAGCUCAGCUGAUGUGCGCUGUUCUGUCUUUAAGGCCAAUCCAUUGUCUCCCACUAUUGGUUACUUUGAAACAAACCCUGGACAUUGUAUCAGCUCAUCAGUAAUUAUUCAAUGUCUGCCGAUAAUUUUGGAUAACAAAUUAAGCCACCCACUAUUAGAACAGCUUCUGCCAGCACUGAAAUACAGUCUCCAUGACAAUUCAGAGAAAGUGAGAGUGGCUUUUGUGGAUUUGCUGCUGAAAGUGAAAGCCGUGCGGGCUGCUAAGUUUUGGAAAAUAUGCCCCAUGGAGCAUAUUUUGGCUCGUCUGGAAUCAGAUUCCCGGCCAGUGUCUCGGCGCCUGGUGAACCUUAUCUUCAACUCUUUCCUGCCUGUGAACCAGCCGGAGGAGGUGUGGUGUGAGCGCUGUGUCACGCUGGUCCAGAUGAACCAUGCGGCCGCCAGGAAGUUCUAUCAGUAUGCCCAUGAGCACACCGCCUGCACUAAUAUAGCAAAGCUGAUCCAUGUGAUUCGCCAUUGCUUGAACGCCUGCAUCCGGAAGGCAGUGCUUGAGUGCCACGAGAGCCAUGAGGAGAGGGAGAAGGAGAAUGUUCUGGACAAAACACUGUCUGUAAACGAUGUUGCAUCCAUGGCCGGUUUGCUAGAAAUCAUUGUGAUUCUCUGGAAAAGUAUUCACAGAAGUAUGGAAAAUAAUAAGGAAGCCAGAGUUUAUACCAUUAACAAGUUUGCCUCUGUGCUUCCUGAGUACCUGAAAGUCUUCAAGGAUGAUCGCUGCAAGAUCCCUUUAUUUAUGCUUAUGUCCUUCAUGCCAGCCUCCACGGUGCCUGCAUUCAGCUGUGGUGUGAUUUCCACAUUAAGAAACCAGGAAGAAGAAGCAGCAGACAAGCGUUAUUGUACUUUGUUGGACUGUCUCUGCUCCUGGGGACAAGUGGGACACAUUCUGGAACUUAUCUGCGACUGGCUGCCAGAAGAACAGCCCCAGAGCAAGAGUAACUCAGCAUCUAAACGGAAGGUGAAAAUCCAUGAUACACGCCCAGUAAAACCUGAAUUAGCUCUGGUUUACAUAGAGUAUUUGCUGACCCAUCCAAAGAAUCGGCAGUGCCUGCUCUCUGCUCCCCAGAAGAAACUUAACCACCUUUUGAAAGCACUUGAAAUGUCAAAGGCAGAUCUGGAAUCGAUUUUGCAGUUGCCAGGUGGGAAACCUCACAACUUUAGUGAAGCCAUGGCUCUGCGAGCCUUCAGCCUCCACUGCCGGCUGAGUGUCCACCUUCAGCACCAGUUCUGCUCACAGGGGAAGGUUUACCUGUCUAUUUUGGAAGACACUGGGUUUUGGUUAGAAAACAAAGUUCUGUCUUUUAUCCAAGAUCAAGAAGAAGAAUAUCUCAAGCUUCAUAAGGUGGUUUAUCAGCAGAUCAUCCAGACCUACCUGAUGGUGUGUAAAGAUGUUGUGAUGGUUGGCCUUGGCGAUUACAAGUUUCAGAUACAGCUUUUACAGUGGAGUCUCGGAAUCAUGCAAACAGUGAAGGGCUUCUUUUAUGUGUCAUUACUUCUUGGCAUUCUGAAAGAGGUAACUGGAAGUUCCUUGAAGCAGACACCAGAUUCAGGUGAAGAAGUUGCCACGCUGUUUGAUAUGGUCCAGAAAGUAUUUCAGAAAAUGUUGGAAUGUAUGGCAUGGAGCUUCAGGAAGCAACCAGAAGAAGGCCUACGGCUUCUUUAUUCAGUUCAGUCUCCUCUUCAUGAGUUUAUAAUGACUGUUCAGUCUUGGCACAUGGACACACCCGUCCACCGGGGCAUGCUCUCAACUGUGAUCGCUGCAUCUGUGGUGGAGAUAAGUCACCAACUACGAAAGAUUUCUAAUAUAGAAGAGCUCACCCUUCCUGAGGGGCUGUCAGACCUCCCACCAUUUUCAAGGUGUUUAAUAGGAAUAAUAAUGAAGUCUCCAGAUGUGAUCAGGUCAUUUUUAGAUGAAUUAAAGGUGUGUGUUACUUCUGAUGAUAUUGAAGGCAUUGUGUGUCUCUCAGCUGUUACGCGUAUUAUUUUGGUUAUUAAUAAAGGUAAACAGAAGAGUUCAAAAAUGAAGGAUGUUGCAGCCACUGUUCACAGAAAACUGAAGACAUUCAUGGAGAUCACGCUGGAGGAAGACAGCACAGAGAGUAUAGCAUACUAUAAACUGGACAUAAUUUCUCAAGAGGAACAGCAUACGUUUGCCAGCACAGUGGUGCAUUUAAAUGCCAAGUUUCUCUAUGAAUCAUCAUCAAGAACUCUGGGGGCACUUUUGAAUUCAUAACUAAGCCAACGUCUAUGAUUGUGUGAAAACAGAGAAAAAGGACUUAGUAAAAAUGAAAUGAAUGUAUAUUUUCCUAGGUUUUUAAUAUUAAUAACCCGUAUCAUAGGGGUGGGAUUUAUUUGGGGAAUUAUAAGUAGGAAACUCAGAGGUUCUUACGCUUUUGCCAGGUGCCUGCAUAAAUAAUAUAUUUAAUAUAAAGGACUCUAGGUAUCAUUGGUGCAGUGCAGAAACCUGUGGUGCAAAAACAAAAAAAAAGUUUUCUAGCAAACAUGGUUAUUUUAAAAAUUACUUAUAUAUGUGCUUGUGUGUGUAUACAUACACACAUAUAUAUGUGUGUGUACAUAUAUAUAUAUAUGUAAAAUGUUGCUUGAAGCUAUGAGUAAUAAAGCGAUGAGAACAUC